AUGCUCAUCAUCGACGUGCAGAGCAGGCGUGGGGCCGUCGAGGAAGUGUACGUCCGAGACGGUGAUAACGCCUUUGAUUUGGCCAGAGGGUUCAUCAUCCAGGCCAAGGUUGUCGAGACCGGCUACCACGUUGAUGUGAGCGGGUCGUGUUGGGUGUCGGAGCCCACGAUCAAUCCUCCGGCGCCAGCACACCAGCCAAAUUAUUUUCGAGAUCACCCACGAAGCGACAGCGGCAGCUGGGAAGGAUCGGGGCCGAGGCAACAACAUCGGGAUAGGGGGGGGGCAAGGCGAGUGAGGGGUGGUCGUGGCGUCGGUACAACUUCGGCAACAGCGACCGAGUCUGGCACCACCGACUGCCUGAAGGGCGAAGCCGAGCACGCCGGGAGCAACGUACAUCACACCAACGGCGCGGCAAGCCUCCAACCACUGUCCACAGUGGCCGCGGGUGUAGCGCACGAGGCGGCAGGGGCAGAACAAGAGCAUGCUGGCCGCGAAACGCGCCUCCAAAGAGAGGAAGACGACGACCCCAACGACGACGAUGAGGAGGCUAGUUUCCUGAAAUCGAGGGACGGCACAAGUAGGCAUGCUGACCGCGAAACAUGUCUCCACAGAGAGGAAGACGACGACCCCGACGACGACGACGAAGAGGCUAGUUUCUUGAAAUCGAGGGACGACACAACCAGGCGCAACGGGCGGCGGUUCGAGUGGCGACGGCGGCAGUGGCAACAACGGCGACGGUGUAGCUGGCAGGACUACUACAGCGAAGAGGACGACGACGACAUGCGAUCGGCGUCGACUUCGGGGGAAACCACACGACCCGACGGCCGGCGACGCGGCGACAACGAGCCGGCAACGGCCACGACAACACCAGCGGAAAGGAGAAGAAGCGCAGGUUACCGCUUGAGGGGUCGGUGGAUCCGGCGGUGCGGGAGCGGGAGCGAAGAGGAGUCGUCCGGUGGAUGGCGCUCGGCUCCAGAGGUCGGCCACGGCGGCGGUAGUUACAGGGCAAACAGGCAGGGGUUUGGAGGCGGUGCCGUCGGCGGCGGUGCCGGGUGGCGCGGCAGGGGAGCCCUCGGGAGGAGGCCGGCGUCGAGGGAAGCGGCGCGGCAGCUCCGAGUCUCCGAGAGGAUGCACCGGUUGGGACGAGCCAUGGCGAAGAGGAAAGAGGCCACGAGGCAACGGCGAGACGAGGUCCAAAAAGCUAGAGAGGCGCUGGCUUGCUCGGGCCGGUUGAACCUUUGCUCCAAGACGCGGGAGCUCACGGACAACCAGCCCAAGUACGUCUACCGUCGACCAACCGGUAGGAGCGGUGCCUCAAACGGCGGCAGCGGCUAUGGCGGGGGGGUCAGCGACAGCGGCGGCCGAGAAGGUAUCGCGGCCGAGAGAGGAGAGCCGGGACAUGCGCGGGGCGGAGAGCAAGAAAACAGGGGGGGGGGGGCUUUGUAUCGGGGGGCCGGAGACAGGCUGUACUCCGAGUGGAUGGCGAGCCGAAAGAGGAACGCUAGCCUGCUGGCGAAGACGAAAGCGGCGGCGGCGGCGGCGGCGGCGUCGCGAGAGAACGCCUCGCCGGAGGGCUGGACCUGCCCCGAGUGCGGGGCGGACAAUCGGGCGCAAGACGACACUUGCCAGACGUUCACCGGGCUAGCGGUCGCCGCGCAAGACCUUCGGCCCGACACUUGGUGCCGCGAGAGCCCCGAAGCGCUAGGAAGGGUAGCCGCUGCCGCCGCCGCCGCCGCUACCGCAACACGUUCGACGGCCGUGAAACCCGGGGGGACGACGGGCGAUCAACGGGGUCCCGAAAGUCGCAGGAGGCGUGGUGGUGGUGGUGGCGGCGGCGGCAGCGGCGAUAGUAGUGGCUCGAGGAGGGUAGGGGAGGACGGGGUGCGUCGCUGCGGAAGGCGGAGGCCGGAGAUGUUUAGGCCCACGCCGGUGGCUAGGCCCUCGGGCGACGGCGCGGUGCGUGCCAGGCCUAAGGGCGAGUUGCUGUUCGACAACUUGUACCGCAAUCCACCCACGCCAAGUCGGAGAAGAGCGAAGCAGGUUCUCCAAGCGGACACCAGGGCGACCUGCACGUUCGCGCCGGAGAUAAACGAGUGCUCACGAAGGCUAGCGGAGGCUCAGGAGGCACGCCGAGACCUUCUCGAGUUCGUCAGGGCCGGCUCCGAGAGCGACGGUCGCGGUGGUGGCGCGGAAGGGAAGGGGGGGAGCAAGAGAGAGGACACAGAGGCGGCGGCGACAAGGGCUGGCGGGGGGGCGGGGGCGGCAAGGUCAAAGGUCAUAGUCAAGUCGCACCGGCUGCACGCCGAGCACGCCGAUAACGAGCAGCGCAGGGAGAGGAGGCGGAAGGAGCUUCUCUCGCAGUCUUGCCCUUUCACGCCCGACAUCGGCGUGAGCGCGGCGUGGCCUAUCCAGGAGACCACCACAGAGGACUUCGUCCGGCGGCUUCACGCCGAGCACGCCGAGCAGGAGCGCCGCCUUCAGGCCAAGCGAUACACGCUCCACGGGGCCCCCCACGCCUCCAUCGACCCCGCCACCGGCCGACCUUUCUUCUCGCCGAUGAUCAACAAGACGUGGGCAGGGCGUCAGCACCACCACCACCGGCGGCAGAGCGGCGGCUUCAGCGGUUGGUUCUCUCGACAUGGGGUGACGAAGUCAACGGCAGCAACGACGACGACGACGACGACAGCAGGGAGAGGGGCAAAGAGGCCGGGCGACAAGGGCAAGGCGGGCACCGACGGCCGCUGCUUCUACCACGACGACGACGACAGACCCAUCCACGCCAGCCUGUGGGAGCGGGGGCUGGCGCUGGAGAGGCGGAGGGAGGCCGACGCCCGCUCGCGGGAGGAGGCGAGGAAGUCGGCGGCGGCGGCGGGGCACGUCGGCGGCCGGUCGGCGGAGCUGAUCCGAGCGAUGCGGGUGCGGAGCCUGGUCCAGACGUACCGGACGCUGCUCGCCUCGGUGGAGUACGCCCGGCUCCCGGAGGGGCUAGACUACGACGAGGCGAUGGAGUCUAUCACCUCAAAGAUCAACGCCAUCUUCGACAACGACAACGACGCUUGGCAGGAGAUGACGCUGGAGGUGGCCAAGGCGGAUCCCUCCGUCCUCAAGCCCGAGCUCGUACCGGUGGUUACCUCCGCCCUGGCCGGGCACGGGGAGGAGACCCUGUCCCUGCUGGGCUUCUGCGAGCUGCUCGACGCCGCCGUGGAAAACCUCGCGUCCGCGGGGGGUCCCACUGCCCACCUCUUCGCCCCCGGUGCAGGACGGUCGGCGGCCGGAGCAGACCGCGCAGCGGCGGCAGCCGCGGCCAAGGCGGCGCGGGAGGAUUCGGCGGAGCUGAAGGAGAUGACGUUCCGACCGAGACUGAACAGCCAUUCUAAGGCUAUUGCGAGGACGAUGGGCCGGGAUGGCACGAAGAAGAAAAUGGAGGACGUGCGCCGUCGGGAAAACAUCAAGAGCGAGCGGCGUCGGAGCCUCCUGUUACGCCAACAAACGGACCUCUUCUCGAAGCAGCACCCCUUCACGCCCACGUUUUUCUCCUCCACAAGACAAGGCAGGAGCAAAAGCAGGGGCGGCGCCGGUGGCGGCGGUGGAGCAAGAAACGCCCCUCGCUACCCCAACGAAAUUGCAGCGGAUCGUGCAGCGGCGGAAGCAGCAGCGGUGGCGGCAGCGGCGGCGGCGGCAGCGGCGGUCGGUGCCGCGGAGGUGUCGGAGGACCGGGAGGGGGAGAUACCGGGGGCAGGGGCGUUGCCGGAGGGAGUAGAGUCGUGA